AUGCUCUCUUCUCUUCUCCUAGCUGGGUCUGUCUUCGGCCUUAGCCAAGCAGUCUCUCUACCCUUGACGACAAGAAGUACAAACUCAACCAACGCCUUCAGCUGGAUCGACACGAAACCAACUAAAGACCUGCACUACUAUGACUGUGGCGACGGCUUCCAGUGUGCCCGACUCCAAGUCCCCCUCGAUUGGUCGAACCCAACUAAGAACAGCACUGCAUCCAUCGGCAUCGUCAAACUCCCAGCUACCGUCCCGAAUAACGACCCAUCCUUUGCCGGCAGUAUUCUCAUCAACCCCGGCGGCCCGAGCGGUUCCGGGACUGGGUUUGCUUACUCCUUUGCUCCCAUAUUGCAAAAGGUUCUCGGCCAGGACCGCAACUAUGAGAUCAUUGGGUUCGAUCCCCGUGGUGUCAACACCAGUACGCCUCGCGCCGACUGCUUCAAGGGAGAUCAAUCCGCCCGCAGACUUUCCCAGGAGCGUGACUCCAUUUUACCCCCUAUUGAUGACGCCCUUGGCUAUCAUUGGGCCGAUGCUACUGCUCAGAGUGCUCUCUGCGAGGAGAAUGGUGUUGAUAGCAUCUGGGGUCAUAUGAACACCGCGUCCGUCGCUCGUGACAUGGUGGAGAUUAUUGACCGCAUUGACGACCUGCGCUGGAAGGAGUCAGGCAAGAACAAGCCCAAGGAUGCUGAGGUAGCUCGCCUCCAGUACAUUGGUAUUUCAUACGGAACCUACCUGGGCAAUACCUUUGCCUCAAUGUUCCCUGAGCGUAUUGGUAGGAUUUGGAUUGACGCUGUCGUUGACGGCGAUGACUGGGCUGCUGGUACCUUUCAAAACAACAUCAAUGACGUGGAGAAGAUCGUGGACCAAUUCUACGCGGUUUGCUAUGAAUCGGGGGAAGAUUGCCCCCUUUUUGAGCCAUCCGACAAGUCCGGCUCAGAUAUCAAAGCCCGAGUCGCCGACUUCCUCGAUGAGAUGGAUAGCAACCCCGUCUCUUUCGCCUACAACGACCGCCCGGCUGUCCUCGGAUCGCCAGUCAUUCGCCAAGCGAUUUUCUCCGCGAUGUAUACUCCGUUGGUCUCAUUCGAACCACUUGCUCUGGGUCUCAGCGCGCUUUUGAAAGGCAACUCCUCCAUUCUCGCAAACUUCCUAACCCCCGAGUCCAUCAAACUUGUCUGUGACUUGGAGGAUAAUGACCUUCCCCAGUAUAACUGGGAUUCUGAUGUCUUGUCUGGUGUUCUCUGCACCGACAUUGUGAAUGACUUAGUCAAUCGCAACAUCUCCUUCUACGAAAACUUGGUUAAGGAAUUGAAGAACCAAUCCGAAACCACCGGAACUGCUGGGACUGGGGCAGUCCCAAUCUCCUGUGCCGGCCGCAAGAUUCGCCCUCCUUACGCGUUCACGGGACCUUUCACAAGCCCUGCCGCAAAUGCCAACGACUCCAAGGCCCCUGCUGCACCACUUUUGAUCACUUCCAGCCGUUAUGAUCCCAUCACUCCUCUCAGGAACGCCCUGCAUGUUCAAAAGGGCCAUCCGGGAUCGGCUGUGGUAAUUCAGGAGACAUCGGGACAUGGCGCGACAUCCAACCCAAGCCUUUGUCUCGUCAAGAUUUUUCGGGAGUACUUUUACGAGGGCAAACUGCCCGAGAGUGGUACUGUCUGCGAGUCGGAAUGCAAGCCGACAAUUCCCGCCGACAAGGAGAACUGCACCUCUAUCCUCAACUCUAGAGAUGUGGAGUAUAUGUUGCCCCCUUUGGGAGACUUCCAUUGGUUCUAA